AUGGUGCUUCAAAACGAUUUAGAAUCAUUAGAUAACGAGCUGGAAGAUCUUAGUGAAGACCCCUUUCGUGAUGAUUAUAUAACGACUGAAGACGCUUCAGGGUCGGGCUGGCAAUCUACCUGGACUAGAAUGAAGUAUUGGUUUUAUAGAAACAAACUGAAGUGGACUAACAGUCGAAUAGUAGUGAACGAUUCGAAAGAUAACGGGAACAAUUCCAAUUUUAGAAGGGGUAUCCCACUAUACGAGCUGGAUGCGAAUGGUCAACCUAUUGACACUGAAUACGAUGAUAAUAAUGAGUACGCCCUGGGAACAGAUUUUCACUCUAGAAUACCUUGGAAAAUGAUAUUCCGUCUAUUGCUUGGCUCAUUAAUAUUGGCAGUUUUUUUAGCCCUGUUAAUCAAUAUAACAAAAUCUAAUCAAUCCGUGACAGUACUAUCACACUUUGGUAACCCUAAUUUUGAUCCUUACGUAAAAUAUUUCAAUGGUACGCAUGAAUUUUUCCCCUUGACGAUAGUGAUUUCACUGGAUGGUUUCCAUCCAUCACUGAUAUCGAAGAGAAAUACGCCAUUUUUGCAUGACUUAUAUACAUUGAAAUAUGACGCAGGUAUGAAUAUUACAUCCACGCCAUUUAUGAUACCAAGUUUUCCCACGGAAACUUUCCCCAAUCAUUGGACAUUAGUCACUGGGCAAUACCCUCUACACCAUGGUAUAGUCUCCAACGUAUUUUGGGAUUCUGAUCUUGACGAAGAAUUUCAUCCGGGCGUCCUGGACCCUCGGAUAUGGAAUAAUAAUAUAACGGAGCCUAUUUGGCAAACUGUUCAGUCUGCAUUUGACGGUGACAUGUCAUUUAAAGCGGCUGCGCAUAUGUGGCCUGGUAGUGAGGUGAAUUAUACCAAGUAUAAUGAAGAAAAACUGCAACCCAAUCAUGAGAAGCCUAUUGCAAAAGAAAGAACCCCAUUUUACUUCGACGAAUUCAAUGCUAAGGAACCGCUACCAAAAAAGUUAUCCAAGAUUAUGGAGUACGUAGACAUGAGCACAUUGGCGGAAAGACCACAAUUAAUUCUCGGUUACGUACCAAACGUAGAUGCAUUCGGGCACAAACAUGGAUACCCCGCAGAAUCCGAAUAUUAUUACGAGGAAUUCACUGAGACCUUAGGGGAUGUGGAUAUGUUUCUACAGCAACUGGUCGAAUCUUUGCAAGAAAGAAAUAUAACGAACUUUACUAAUUUGGUCAUUGUAAGUGAUCAUGGUAUGAGUAAUAUCGUGGUUCCCUCGAAUGUUAUCGUCUGGGAAGAUUUACUGGACGAGAAAUUGAGGAAGGAUUACGUGUCGCAUGCAUAUCUGGAAGGCCCGAUGAUGGCCAUAUCGUUAAAGGAUUCCGGAAAAAUCAACGAAGUUUACCACGAAUUAAAGACGUCAAUAAAUGAAGACAAGUAUACAGUUUACGUGAAUGGAAACUUCCCCGAAGAAUGGAAUUUCAAUGAUAGAAAAAAUCAUCACAUGGCCUCAAUCUGGAUUGUACCCGAACCCGGGUAUGCAGUGAUGAAGAAAAAUCAGCUAAAGAAUACGGAAAAGGGUGACCAUGAAGAUAAAAACGAAGAAAAUGUGUUCACAAUUGGGUCACAUGGGUACAAUAAUAGUGCACUCGAUAUGAGAUCGGUAUUUAUCGGCAUGGGGCCAUAUUUCCCACAGGGAUACAUUGAACCAUUCCAGAAUACCGAAAUAUACAAUCUAUUGUGCGACAUAUGCGGCGUCGCGGAGAAGGAUAGAAACCCAAAUGAUGGCAGCGACCUAGUCAUGCAGCAACUUCGUGAACCUCAGAGUAGCGAGGAAGUGGUGAUUGAAGACGAUUUUGAGUACUUGAGUGAUAGAUUUGGUGAAACUAGCACAUAUAACGUAAUCUGGGGCGGGUACCCUGAAGAGGAAGACAAUGACAAUGACAAUGACAAUGACGACAAUGACGACUACGAGGACGAGGACGAGGACGAGGAUAACACUGAAGAAAUAGCCGCCGCGUCGAGUUCGUCAUCAACGACAAAACUACCAAUGACGACUUCGAUACCUCCAGUAACUAGUACCCCACCAGACGAGGCAUCGCCGUCAUCGAGAAGAACCAGCAGCAGCACACAGGCUAGAGCCACAGCCAGCGCAGCGGGAAAUUGGUUUCAAGAGAUAAUCGGCGACGCGAAGGAGCUCAUCGACGAUCUAAUCGACAGCAUUGAUGACUUAAUCGACUCUAAUACGUAA